CACUGCCUCUCAGUGGUGCGAGAGGGUACUGCGUGAUGACGCGCAUAGACUGAGCUACAGCUACGCAGCUCUUCGUAGCGACGUAAACACGUGCACACUGCUGCUUCCAGGUUACAUUUUUUUUCAUUCCACUCAUCCUCGCGCUCUAGCAUCACACCCUGACAACAGCGGCAAUGGCGGAGCCCCUAUCAUCGGAUGCGUCGGCCACAACGGACGCAGCAGAAGCGGCAGCAUCCCUGACCCCAGGCCUUUCUCCCGCAGCCAGCCCGGGCUCGGAGCCUCUGUCCAUGGCUCUGUCGCCCACGGCGGACGGCUCCCAGCGGCUACUCUUCUCCCACGAUCUGGUCUCCGGGCGGUAUCGCGGCUCAGUCCGGUUUGGCCUCGUACGGAUGAUCCACGGCGAGGAGGAUUUUAACUCAGACUCGGACCUCGACGAUGGCGGAGGGGGAGGCGGUGGAGGUGGAGGAGGAGGAGGUGGCGGAGACGGAGGAGGAGGACGAGUCCCGUGUGGUUCGGACACUGAGAGUGCCGUGGACACCCCGAGUCGGCCUCUCUGUAGGGGAUUUGUCCGCGUCCAGUGGUACCCAGAAGGAGGAAAGCAGGACAUCAGGGAGACAAAGCUGAAACUUGAAGAUCGAUCUAUCGUUAUUAGAGACAUGGUGCGACGAAACAAUUCUAAUGACAGCCAGUGUGGUAUUGUGACCAACAUUGACAUUGAGUGUGCAGUGAAACUAGUGGGAACAAACUGUGUUCUGUAUCCAGUUAACAGCAAAGACCUGCAGCACAUCUGGUCUUUUAUGUAUGGCGACUACAUCGCCUAUGACUUCUGGCUGGGGAAAGUGUACGACCUGACUAAUCACAUUAUCCUCAAGCUCUCCAACGGAGCCAGGUGCUCCAUGAGUGUGGAGGACGGUGCCAAGCUUUACGACGUCUGUCCACAUGUCAGUGAUUCGGGUCUGUUCUUCGACGAGGCGUACGGUUUUUACCCAGGCCAGGUCCUGAUUGGUCCGGCCAAAGUCUUCUCUAAUGUACAGUGGCUGUCAGGGGUCAAACCUGUCCUGAGCAGGAAGUGCAAGUUCAGGGUGGUGGUAGAAGAGGUGAAAGUGGUUGAACUGAAGGUGACGUGGAUCACAAAGAGCUACUCUCCCAAAGGUUCAGACAGUGUCUAUCCACCUCCCUCCAUCAUCACACAUGAAAACCUCUGCAGGGUGAGGCGUCUAGGAUACUACGACCACACCCAGAGGCAGCUAGGAGAGAGGGCCCUAUAUGUUUUCCCUGCUCAGGGGGAUGCCAAGCGGAUCACCUGUGAUGGACCCGAAGGUGCCCCUGUUUUGCCCGAAGACCCCGUGGCCAGAAAGUUAAAAAGGAUGUUCAAGAAGGAUUCGGGGAAGAAAACUGAGAAUACCGACGUACAAGUAGAGCUCAAAUCAGAGCAGACAGACACUUCUCAUCCCAACAACAACAACAACAACGGCCCCGUGGGGCCCUUCCAGAACCCUCCGGACUCCCAGAACACCUAUGACCCUUUGGCUGAACACGGAGAGCAGGACGCUGAUGACGAGGCUGCAGAAGACACUGACGAUACCAGCUCGCUGACGUCAUCAGCCAGCUCUACAGCCUCUUCUCAGAGCGGCGGUUUAGGAACCAACCGUAAAAAGAGCAUCCCACUCUCCAUCCGAAACCUUAAGAGGAAGCACAAGAAGAAGAGGACCAAGUUCUCCCGCGAGUUCAAGCCUGGAGACCGGGUUGCAGUGGAAGUUGUAUCCACAAAGACCACAGCUGAUGUUAUGUGGAAGGACGGGCGGGUGGAGAAGGGGAUCCGAUCAAACAACCUCAUCCCAAUCCAGCACCUUGACAGCCAUGAGUUUUGUCCCGGGGACUUUGUAGUAGACAAACGACCCCAAGCCCUCCAGGACCCGGGAGUGUAUGGUGUGAUCCAGUCUGGUGAUCACAAGGGCAGAACAUGUGUCGUCAAGUGGAUCAAACUCAACUCCAGAAGCGACGACGUGGAGGUUUUCGGUAUGGAGGAGGAUGUCAGUGUGUACGACAUCGUUGAUCACCCAGAUUUCCACUUCCGCACCACCGACAUUGUCAUUAGAAUAUGGAAUUCUGAGAACGGACAUGACUGCGAAAACGAUACGUCGGUCGGACAGGUGUGCAGGGUGGAUGUGAGCAGCAAAGUGGAAGUGGUGUGGGCGGAUAACUCGACGACCAUUGUCUUGCCGCAGCACCUCUACAAUGUAGAGUCUGAGAUCGAGGAGACAGACUACGACUCGGUGGAGGAGACGAGCAGCGUCCUGUCCACUGAGGAGUGGGAGGACGAGAGCGACAGCUGGGAGACGGAUAACGGCCUCACCACUGAGGAAGACAGCCAUGUCAACAAUGCAGAUAUCCUCGACACAGCGACCCCGACCUCCACCCCCACUAGCUCUGCAACGUUCAUCAUCUCCCCUCAAGAGGGCAGCAAAGCUGGAGUCCCCAGCCCCACUAAAGGAGCCCCUGUGGAGGAGGGAGAGGGUUCUGUGGCUGCUGCUAGUCCUGCUUCUGGAGGAGGAACCACUCCAGCAGCAGUUAAUGGAGCAGAGAAGCCAAGUAAAGAUGGCGCCUCUCGGGGCUUCAGGGAGUUGAAAGAGGCCCUGAAGAUCCUGGAGAGCCUGAAAAACAUGACUGUGGAGCAGCUCUGGACCGGUGGUUCUCCAACCUCUCCAACCUCCGCUGAACCCGCUUCGACGACUAAUGUAGCAAGUUCGGUGACUCCCACGGCCCCCGAGAAACCGACCAAGGAGAAACGCUUCUUGGAUGACAUUAAGAAGCUGCAGGAGAACCUGAGGAAGACACUGGACAACGUGGCCAUCGUGGAGGAGGAGAAGAUGGAGGCUGUGGUGGAGGCGGGGGGGAGUGGAGGAGCGGGGACAGAGUUUGUGACGGUUCAGGCAGAGAGAGCUGGAGAGGAAAAACCCCAGCAAGAGCCGCAGACACCUGUGGGGGGACAAGAAUGGCCCAGUGAGUUUCUCAGUGACACACCGGUACUGUGCCAACAGAGUGGUGGCAGGCCUGGUGUCACCUUUACUAGCGCCAAGGGAGAGGUGUUCUCAGUGCUGGAGUGGGCACCAGACACACACUCAUUUAAAAAAAUGGAGUUUCAGCCAGCAGAGGCAAAGAAAUUCUUCAGCACAGUGAGGAAAGAAAUGGCUCUACUAGCAACGUCCCUGCCGGACGGCAUCAUGGUCAAAACAUUUGAAGAUCGCAUGGACCUGUUCUCUGCUCUGAUCAAAGGACCGACCCGUACGCCCUACGAAGACGCGCUGUUCCUGUUUGACAUCCAGCUGCCCAACAUUUACCCGUCUGUGCCGCCUCUGUUUCGCUACCUGUCGCAGUGCGGCGGCCGCCUCAAUCCCAACCUCUACGACAACGGCAAGGUCUGCGUCAGCCUGCUGGGCACCUGGAUCGGAAAGGGCACAGAGAGGUGGACCAGCAAGUCCAGUCUGCUGCAAGUCCUCAUCUCCAUACAAGGCCUUAUCCUCGUAAAUGAGCCCUACUAUAACGAGGCUGGCUUUGACAGUGACCGAGGCCUACAGGAGGGAUAUGAGAACAGCCGCUGCUACAACGAGAUGGCCCUGAUCAAGAUGGUCCAGUCCAUGACGCAGCUCCUUCAGCAUCCGGUGGAGGUUUUCAAACAGGAGAUCCAGGAUCACUUUGUUUCUAACGGCUGGCGGCUCGUCCACCGUCUGGAUGCGUGGCUUGAGCUGAACGACGGUGCUGAGAGGGGGCAGGUAGCACACAUGUCCUCCAGGGCUCAACACUCCAAAGACAGAGCUUCAUCUGUGGAGCCUCUGGACGAGCAGGGGCCCGUGGCGGUGGCUCACAGCAGCCCCAGCAAGCCUGGGGUGGAGGGGGUCACAGGAGUUACAAGUAUUAUGGAGGAGGAGCUGGAGGAUUCUGGGCUGAGUCCUUCCACUACAGUGGCGUCUCAGCAGGAGCUGAGCCAGAACUCAGACUGCGACAGCACCCAGGGGAGCACCUCUCUGGGUGGCGCCAUGGUUGCUGGCCCUGUAAUCCGUGGCGUGACGUCCGAAUCCGGUUCAGUCAUUGUUAGUGGAGGAGGGGUGGGUUCCACAGGAAGCCAGCCGGUGGUGCGACCAAAGAAACGGAGAAAGAGCUACCGGAGUUUCUUGCCAGAGGGCAGUGGCUACCCGGACAUUGGCUUUCCACUCUUCCCGCUCUCCAAGGGGUUUGUGAAGAGCGUUAGAGGGGUCCUGCAGCAAUACCGAGCUGCACUGGCCGCUGCUGGCAUCCCUGAGCACACAGAGGACAAGUAAGUGCCUCCUCGCCGUUCCCCAACACUCCUCUUCACUGUUCCCUGCUCUUUUUCUCCUUCUCUUCUACCUUUUCAUCCGCCUCAAACUGUAGAGGAGGGUCCAUUACUUGUCUGGGGAGGCCUCCAAUUGUCCAGAGCUGCACUGUGGCCCCAGCAGUACCCACACUUUUGUCCUUCGUUUUGUAGUCUGUACUGUUGCCCCAAACUCCACAAUGUUCUGCCUUUUCCCCCCAUAAUCCCUCUGGAUCAAACCACAGUUGCAGGAGAACGGCACCCUUGAUCAGGAGAGUGAACAGGUUCAGGUUGGAUGCGACCUGAUAAUGUCUUUGUUCUCCUUCAGUGUCUCUGCGGAUGAGUGUGAUGCAUAAAGAAGGGUGGAUCUCACAUCCGCUCAUCCAUUUGCACAAACCUAUGGGAGCUUCCCCGUCACACAGGAACCCUCAUCUGUUCAGACGCAGGUAAACACACGGAGCUUUUACUGGAGGCCAUUUCUCUUCUGGUUGCAGCAGGACUUUGACUUCACUGGAGGUGGUGUGGAUGCAAAAAGGAUGAAUGAGAUGGAUAAUCAGUUUACUUUGAAAUCAAUUAACUUUCUUCCACCCUCCUCAUCCACCUAGCCUCCAGCAGGAUCCACCAUAUGUGUGAGGGUUUGCUGGAUAAACCAACCUGAAAAAUGUAAAGCAGACUUGUGAUUGUCGCUGCAUUUUGGACAAGGUCAAAUAUGGCUGAAAAACUGCAAAAGCCCAGCUAACCUGGCUGGUGGGUCUACUGCGGCUAUCUGUAGCACAACUGAUAUUAUCGCUGCACCAUCCUGCACUACCACAAACAAAUGGACAAUCUGGUCUGGGAGAGCUGGCACUGUAUAAAUACAUUGACCAGGAGUAUUCUUUUUAAAUAGAAAUCAAUGGUUGUACGCUGUCUGCCAAAUUCUCUUUUCACACACAAAAUAUUCAAGUAGAACAUACUGAAUGUCAAUUAAACUGCCAACCACAACAGCUUCACCACUUCUUCCACAAUACUGUACUUGCUGGUAUUUUCCUUUGCCAAUCACUCGCACUGAACCACGCAGCAAACACCGUGUGACAAGUUUACAUACAAAUCACCUCUGGAGGUCAGACUACUGUAGCUGUUUGGUGUGUAGAGAAGCCAGCCAGGCACAGGAUGACAGUAAGGUGGCUUCAUAUGAAGGUGUGUGUGCUCUAGUGAAAGCCUAACACAGCUGCCGCCCCUACAUAACAAAAGUUCCAUUCAUUUUCUGUUGAAUUUAGCAAAGUUGUUCAAUCACCAAAAUGGAACUUGUGCUUUGGUGUUUUGAUGCAUUUUCAGUCGUUUUACUCACAGAGGCUGAGGUUUGAGAGUGGAGCUUUACCCACAGUGCUCCACUUUUUUGUGACGAAGGUGAGCCCACAUUACAUGCAACUGAUAAAUUUCAAAGAAUAGAUAGAAGAAGAAAAAAACAUUACAGCAUCCAUUCCUUCAUCUCAUGUCAACAUGUUGCCUUACUUGAAUUGUUCUUUAUAAUCUCAGAACAUUGUGUACAGAGCUGCUUGCGUCAUGCUUUAGACAUUAACCUAUAUAGGCCGAGACACACUGAAAUCCACUAAAGCCCUGUUCCAGUGUUUUCCUCUUUAAUAGUGCAGAUCUCUGAUCAGUUGUUUCUUAAACAUGAGUCUCUAACACCGUGCGGCCAUCGGUGUAUUCUGAUUUUUUCCUCUCCAAAUUGCAUGUGCAGAGUUUGUUACCAGAAUACAAACUACAGUCAGUGUGAUGCCGAAUGAUUGCUGAUAUUAUAAUUAUUUUUUUCUUGAUUAUUAUUUUCUAUUAUUUAGUGUUUUACCUGACUUGAGCAUCUUAUCCCAUGAAGGCGACUGUUGACCCCACUGGCGAGAGAAAAUUACACAAACUACAGCAAUCAGACAAAACUUAAGGUGGUAUAACUUUUCUCUGAUCUUUUCUUUCUUUACAUGGCAUAUAUUCAAUAUAAAUGAAAGGAAUCAAGGUUGUAUUUACCAAGUUAACAUAAAGCUCUUUUGCUGCGUUUAAAUGUGAAACAAAAGUCAAGCUCCCCAUUGGGUCCAAUCGUGCUUCCUGAGGAAAUCCGAGCAGUCAUUGUUUACAUUUUUUUUUAAAUAGCUGCAUUCCACCUUUAACAUACUGCUCCUAUUUUGUUCAAGAUAAUGUGAUUUUCAUUGUGAUAACUAUUAUGAUAAUUAUAAGGGAGGACACUGGCGGUAAUUUACUUGAACAAAGAACCUUGAUGCUGAAGAGUGUUUCUGAAUGAGAGAGCACAUUGUGCCAUUGUGAAACUAUGAGUGAUGGGAGAAGAUAAAAACCAUGAGCCAAGAGCUGCUGUUUUAAAGAGACUUAAGAAAAUAAAGGUCUUGAAUGAGGGUAUUUUGUUUUUGCUUUGUCUUCCAUUUUUUUUUCCCAUGCGACUCUUAAAACUGGCACUCUGUAACAGACGUGGCAAUCAGGCAUCCAUGACAUGUCCUCUUCCUUGGAUUAGACCUUGCCAUUAUUAUUUAGUUGCCUUUAAUGCUACAGAAAAGGAUGUGUGGUCUUCUCCACUGGCUGCUGUAUCUGUAGCACGUAGCCUUGUUUGCUUUCUUGUCCCGCCACUUGCUGCUGUUUGUAAAAUGUCACCUUCACAAUUCUUGGAGAAAUGUGUCAGAACUGUCUGAAGACAUAAAGUGUAUGGACCAUGGUUCCCAAGUUGAGUGGUAACAUUACUGCUUUGUCUUUCACCCUCUUUCUCAUUUGUCUCCAGUCGCAGAAACAGAAAAUGUGAAGCUAGAUAUUGAAGCAAACAAUCUGGCAGGAUACAAAGCACAUGAUGUGCAGUUUUCUGUGGAUGUGUGUAUAUUAUUCAAAUUUCAUUAUUAUUAUUAUUAUUAUUAUUAUUAUUAUUAGAAUUACUGCGAGGCAUUUGUUUUACAGCCAAAGCAUGUAACAUGUUGCUUUAAGCCUUUUGAAUGGCCUACACAAGACUUGACUGUACGAUGUCUACAUUUUCACAGUGGCCUGUUGAUAUAUUAAAAAAAUAUAACUAAUAAAGUAAAUAUUUGUAGCCUGA